AUGGCCGCACCGGGCCAGCUCACGGUCGAGGCGAGUCGACUUACUCAGGCCACGAUCCCGACGAUCGAAGACACGAGCAAGACCGAUUGGGAGCAGCGCUACGACGACGUACACGAGGACUUAAAGCGGGCCAGACAAGAGAACGAGACACUUGGCCAGCUCGUGCGUGCCCACGAGCGAGUGUGCGCCGAGAACCAAAAGGCCUUCGACCGCAUGCGCAAACGCAUGUGCAGUCUAGCCUUCGAACGCAAGGUGUUUGGACACGAACGCAUCGCGAAAUACGCAUACGUUCCGUUCGUCAGUUUUGGAACUGGACGAAUACGCAAUUCACAUUCGUGA